CUCGGCUCGCUCACUCGUCGUCCGGCGCGCGUCCAUUACACACCUCGACACAUUAAGAGGAGGGUACCAUACUCCCGUUUUUCUUCCUUUAACUGAAAAAGUUUUAAAACCCAAUACACAAAAUGUCUCUCGCGGAUCCCGUGGCCUUUGCCAAGGAUUUUAUCGCCGGUGGUUGUGCCGCUGCCAUCUCAAAAACUGCCGUAGCGCCGAUCGAACGUGUCAAGCUGCUUCUUCAGGUACAGCACAUCUCGAAGCAGAUCGCUGAGGACCAGCGUUACAAGGGUAUGAUCGAUUGUUUCGUCCGUAUCCCAAAAGAACAGGGUUUCCUCAGUUUCUGGCGUGGUAACUUCGCCAACGUCAUCCGUUACUUCCCCACUCAGGCCCUGAACUUCGCCUUCAAGGACAAGUACAAGCAGGUAUUCCUUGGUGGUGUUGACAAGAACACCCAGUUCUGGCGUUACUUCGCUGGUAAUCUUGCUUCUGGUGGUGCUGCUGGUGCCACAUCCCUCUGCUUCGUCUAUCCACUUGACUUCGCCAGAACCAGAUUAGCUGCUGAUGUCGGUAAAGCAGGUGGUGAGCGUGAGUUCACCGGUCUCGGUAACUGCCUGACCAAAAUCUUCAAAUCUGACGGUCUGGUUGGUCUCUACCGUGGAUUCGGUGUAUCAGUCCAGGGUAUCAUCAUCUACCGUGCCUCAUACUUCGGUUUCUACGACACCGCACGUGGUAUGCUCCCAGACCCCAAGAAGACUCCAUUCCUCGUCUCCUGGGGUAUUGCACAGUGUGUCACCACUGUCGCUGGUAUCAUCUCAUAUCCAUUCGACACAGUACGUAGGCGUAUGAUGAUGCAGUCUGGUCGUGCCAAGUCUGAAAUGCUGUACAAAAACACCCUCCACUGCUGGGCAACCAUCUACAAAAGUGAAGGUGGCGGUGCCUUCUUCAAGGGUGCAUUCUCGAAUGUUCUCCGUGGUACUGGUGGUGCCCUCGUAUUGGUACUCUAUGACGAGAUCAAGAACCUCCUCUAAACAGUUUUUCCAAGCCCACAACAACAAGAAAAACCUUUAUCCCGUAUUUUUCCCCGUCACCCAUCCACUCGACAAAACACUGCGACCCCUCACCAUCAUCAUCAACAACAAUAAUCACCGGAAGAUUCACUAUUGAAACGUGAAACAUGUCAAGCAAUUCAAGAAGCCGGAAAUAAAUCAACUGGCCACGCCGGAAUCUCUGGACACGAUCUACAGCCGUUGAAGAAAAAAGGAAAAAUCGAAAAAAAAUAUCAAAGAAAAAGGAAAAUAUAACACUUGUCGACAAUUUCAUGAAUGAAAAAUGAAGUUACGGUAGCUUAACGUGCUUUGGCUCAUGUAACAAGCCUUAGCUCAAUUCAGUUUAUCUAAUAUUGUUAUUUUUUUCGUUCUUUCUUUUUUUAAUUUAUUACCGGAUUCAGUAUUCUUUGCAAUGACUCCCGGUAUGACAUUAUUUAAAUUUAAAAAAAAAUAGCUGAAUUUUAAUUUAAUUAUUACAAUUCCUCGCUUGCGAGCGGAUCGCGGGCGUGGCAACGACAUUUGUGAAAUUGAACGGCACGUCCCUCAAAACGACGACUGCCUAACGAAAAAAAUAAAUAAUUUAAAAAACAAAAACUAGAACAUUCAUAAUUUAAUGUAAUUCAAUCCAGACGCAAGUCUGUCGGCUCAUCACGUUGAUGAGUGAUUAAAAAAAUUGGAGAUAAAUGAAGAAAAUGUUCGCUGUACGAAAGAAUCAAGGUAAAAAUGUGACAAGGUAAAAAGUGAAGAAAGUUAAACCUAAUUAAUUUAAAUCAAAAGACACACAUGAGAGGGACGCGCGACGACUUAUGAAAAAACAACAAUUCAACAGAGAAGAACCAUCGACGACGAUGGCGGGGCGCGUAGACCUGGGCUGCCCCCGCCCUUUAUUCUCGGCCCAUUGUAGAUAAUUAAUAAUUCGUAAUAAUUACAUGAGGAAAAAUGACGCGAUCAUUCAACGAUAUCCGUGAACAAAAAGUACACCGAGUUUAGGGGGAUGAUUAACUCAAUAAGAUAAUUACUUCGCACUCCAGACAACAACGUGUAAGAUAAAUGAUGAAAAAACAAUGAGUCUGUGUAUGCAUCUACUUCUGUUCAUGUUAGGAUGUAUGCAGAUCAAAUGUCAGAUCAAUAAAAAAAAGUGGAAAUUA